AUGUCCCGGACCUUUCUUCUUGUCUUUUUGUUUGUUUUCGGCGUUUGUUAUUGUAAUCCUGAUGCGAAACGCUUAUAUGACGACCUACUGAGUAACUACAAUAGGUUGAUACGUCCUGUUGAUAAAAACAACAAUACUGUGUUGGUGAAACUUGGCUUGCGACUGUCACAACUGAUUGACUUGAAUCUAAAAGAUCAAAUUCUGACGACAAACGUGUGGUUGGAACACGAAUGGGAGGACCACAAGUUCAAAUGGGACCCCUUGGAGUACGGGGGCGUGAAGGAGCUCUACGUACCUUCGGAACAUAUCUGGUUGCCUGACAUAGUUCUCUAUAACAAUGCCGACGGAGAGUACGUGGUGACAACAAUGACGAAAGCAGUUCUGCAUCACACUGGCAAAGUGCUAUGGACUCCUCCAGCCAUCUUCAAGUCCUCGUGUGAGAUCGACGUGCGCUACUUCCCCUUUGACCAGCAAACUUGCUUCUUGAAGUUCGGGUCUUGGAGCUAUGAUGGUGAUCAGAUUGACUUGAAGCAUAUUAAUCAGAAGAAGGGUGACAUGGUGGACGUCGGCAUCGACCUUCGGGAGUACUAUCCUUCAGUGGAGUGGGACAUCCUUGGAGUGCCAGCUGAGAGGCACGAGAGGUACUACCCUUGCUGUCAGGAACCUUAUCCUGAUAUCUUCUUCAACAUCACGCUAAGAAGGAAAACCUUAUUCUACACCGUCAACCUGAUCGUACCAUGCGUCGGCAUCUCAUACCUCUCAGUCCUUGUCUUCUAUCUACCUGCUGACUCCGGAGAGAAAAUUGCACUGAGCAUUUCCAUAUUAUUGUCCCAAACUAUGUUUUUCUUGCUAAUUUCCGAAAUUAUACCUUCGACAUCACUUGCAUUACCAUUGCUGGGAAAGUACCUACUAUUCACUAUGUUGUUAGUAGGAUUGUCAGUAGUGAUAACCAUUAUAAUACUCAACGUGCACUAUCGGAAACCAAGUACGCAUAAGAUGGCUCCAUGGGUUCGAAAAUUCUUUAUAACAAAACUUCCGAAGUUACUACUGAUGAGGGUACCAAAAGACUUGCUUAGAGACUUGGCAGCGCAGAAGAUAGCUGGGAGAAGUAUGAAGAACAAGAAUAAGUUUAAAGAUGCUCUUGCAGCGGCUGAACAGACGAAUUCCAAUGCAUCAAGUCCUGAUUCCCUUCGUCAUCAUUUGCCUGGAGGAUGUAAUGGACUACAUUCUACUACCGCUACCAACAGGUUCAGCGGUCUCGUGGGUGCUCUUGGCAGUCUCGGUGCUGGUUACAAUGGCCUACCAUCAGUCAUGUCGGGUCUGGAUGACUCUUUAAGCGAUGUAGCUCCUCGGAAGAAGUACCCAUUCGAACUGGAGAAGGCAAUCCAUAACGUCAUGUUUAUACAACACCACAUGCAGAGACAGGAUGAGUUUAAUGCUGAAGAUCAAGACUGGGGCUUCGUGGCUAUGGUACUGGACCGUCUGUUUUUAUGGAUCUUCACUAUCGCUUCCAUAGUUGGCACCUUUGCUAUCCUCUGUGAAGCACCAUCUCUGUACGAUGACACCAAACCUAUUGACAUGAUGCUCUCAUCCGUAGCCCAGCAGCAAUUCUUACCUGUGGACAGUGGGGAUUCAUAG